UCCUCACGGGGUCUUUUCGUUUUGGAAGCUCUAAAACUUUUUCUUCUUUUGUGGUUCUGUUUUCAACCUGUUUCUCAGAUGGAUGCUGGGUUUUUGCUACUAUUAUUUUAUUAUGUGUACAAGUUAAAAGUCGCUACUUUUAUUUUAUGCUAUGCGCUUUAGUCUCUCUAGCGUUGUGGUUUUCUUGUUGGAUUUUUAAAAAAAAGUGCUUCUCACACAUACGAUACUUGAGUUGUGUGAACUUAAGCUUUUAUGCGGCUCAGAGAAAAUGUGUGGAGAGAAACUUGUAUGAACCAUGUACGAUGUGUAAGUGUACAGAAGCCAAUAAACAAGAACUAAAAGCAUGUUUGUAA